GGUUGUGGAAGCGAUGAGGAUGACUUUCCGGGUUGUUGUGCUUGUGGGCCUUGUUGCCAUCGUCCUAUCAAAUCCAGAUACUGGCCCCUCCACACCAGCCCUGUCCCAGCCUCUAUCGUCAAAGUCAGACCCGUCCCAGCAUAUAUUGUCAAAACCAGACCAGUACCAGCAUAUAUCGUCAAAACCAGACCUGUCCCAGCAUAUAUCGUCAAAACCAGACCAGUCCCAGCAUAUAUCGUCAAAACCAGACCCGUCCCAGCAUGUAUCGUCAAAACCAGACCUGUCCCAGCAUAUAGCGUCAAAACCAGACCUGUCCCAGCAUAUAUCGUCAAAACCAGACCUGUCCCAGCAUAUAUUGUCAAAACCAGACCAGUCCCAGCAUGUAUCGUCAAAACCAGACCUGUCCCAGCAUAUAUCGUCAAAACCAGACCUGUCCCAGCAUAUAUUGUCAAAACCAGACCAGUCCCAGCAUGUAUCGUCAAAACCAGACCUGUCCCAGCAUAUAGCGUCAAAACCAGACCCGUCCCAGCAUAUAGCGUCAAAACCAGACCUGUCCCAGCAUAUAUUGUCAAAACCAGACCAGUCCCAGCAUGUAUCGUCAAAACCAGACCUGUCCCAGCAUAUAGCGUCAAAACCAGACCUGUCCCAGCAUAUAUCGUCAAAACCAGACCUGUCCCAGCAUAUAUUGUCAAAACCAGACCUGUCCCAGCAUAUAUCGUCAAAACCAGACCCGUCCCAGCAUGUAUCGUCAAAACCAGACCUGUCCCAGCAUAUAGCGUCAAAACCAGACCUGUCCCAGCAUAUAUCGUCAAAACCAGACCAGUCCCAGCAUAUAUCGUCCAAACCAGACCUGUCCCAGCAUAUAUCGUCAAAACCAGACCCGUCCCAGCAUAUAUCGUCAAAUCCAGACCUGUCCCAGCAUGUAUCGUCAAAUCCAGACCUGUCCCAGCCCGAAUCAUCAAAAUUUCAGCCGCGAUUUGCCCAGUCCAAGGUUGUCACAUCCAAGUCAACCUUAUCAAAUAUUGUAUCAUUAACAUCUGUCCAAUCCCAACAUCCCCCGUCAAAGUCUGAUCUAUCCCAGCCUGUCCUUUCAAAGUCUGAUCCAUCCCAGCCUGUCCUUUCAAAGUCUGAUCCAUCCCAGCUUGUCCUUUCAAAGUCUGAUCCAUCCCACCCUAUUUUGUUAAAGUCAUCCCGAUCCUAUUCUGGAAUGUCAAAAUCAGUUCCGUCCCAGCCUGUCUUAUCACAGUCUGGACUCAUCCAGCCUGUGACGUCAAAGUCUAGCCUGUCCCAAACUGCUCCUCCCCAUCCUACUGCAUCCCAAUCUAUCCCGCCCAGCCCUUCUCCAUUCGAACGUGCCCUGUCCAAACGUAUCCCACCCCAGUCUUUAUCACCAAAGCCCUCCCCGUCCACGUCCUCCCAGCCCAAACCUGUUCUGUUCAAGACAAUCCCUUCCCAACCUUUCCAACUCCAUAUUGUCCCGUCCCAGGCUGCCUCAUCUAAAUCUGACCCAUCCCAGCCUGCCUCCGACCAGUUUCUGUCUCACCUGUCCCAGUCUGCCCUAUUCAAACGUAUUCCAUCCCGUCCUAAACCGUCCCAGAUUGUUCCUUCCCAUCCCGACCCAGCUCAUCUUGUUCCGUCGCAGCCUGUCCCAUCCAAAACAGAACAAUUUCAGCCUAAUCCGUCCCACUCGGACUUAUAUCUGCCUUCCCUUUCUCGGGCUGCCUUAUUCGAACGUAUCCCAUCCCAGUCUCGCCCGUCCCAGCCUCCCCCGUCUAAUUCUACUCCAUCCCAAUCUGUUCCAUCUGAUCCCUCUCCGUCUCAAUCUUCCCUGUCACUGUCUACCCUAUUCGACCGCAUACCGUCCCACCCUCACCCAUCACAACCUAAUCUUGAGGUCUCCGACUCAGACAAAAGGGCCGCUUUGCCCAUUCUUCUUCAUUCUUUCUCUCCUCUUACAUCACCUGUCGGUAGCCUACACACAGUCGCAUUCAAUCCUCCCCUGUCCCAGCUUUCCCCGUCCAAAUCUGUCAAUUUCAAGCGCAUGGCGUCCCAUAAUCACACUUCACAUCCUUCCACAUCCCAGGCCGCAUCCUUCGAACACACUCCCAUAAGGAAAGGUGACGAGUUUUCCGGCAUCAAUCCGACCAUUAUCCAUUCCGUUCCAACCCAGCGUGCAGACUCUGAACCCUCUGAGCCGAGCCUGUCCCAGCCUGCACCGGAAGAGAGGCUCGUUCGUAAAGCCACCUUCCAACCUGUAAUAUCCCAUCCCACUACGUACAGACCCUCUCUAUUCUUUCCCAUCCCAUCCCAUUCAAGAACGUUCUCGCCUACCCUGAACUAUCGCACCCCUUCCCAUCUACCCACAUCCAAUCCUGCUCUGCCCUUUUCCACUCUGUCGCAACCCAUUCCACCCCGACCUAAUCUGUCACAAUCCACCAAGCCCCAUCCCAUCAUCUCCUUUCCCACUUCUUCUCACCUAUCAUCCUAUCAUGCUACAACCCAUGCCACGCCAUUCCGCUUAGUCCCACUCACCCAUCCUGCUACAUCCUCUCCUACAGCAUCCUAUCCCACCCCUUCCUAUCCCACUCCAUCCCAGCAUACGCCAGAGAACGCCAUCGCAGGACGAGGACCCAAAUACACUGCCAGAACCCACAGUUCCCCAGUUCAGGCAGCUGCUGGUGGCGGUGGUCCCGUCAACUACGACUUCAGCUACGCCGUGCAGGACGACCACACUGGUACUUCCUACGGCCACCAGGAGACCCGCAAUGGCUAUGACACCAAAGGUUCCUACGUCGUCCCUCUCCCCGACGGCCGCGUCCAGAGGGUCACUUACUACGUCAACGGUGACUCAGGCUUCAUGGCUAAGGUGACUUACGAGGGCAAGGCUGUUUACCCUCCACCUUAACCUCACCUUAGACUAUUUUCUUUACCUAGCCUGCCGCCAGACUACCAACAUGCCGUCAGACUACCAACAUGCCGCCAGACUAUCAACCUGUCGCAAGAUUAUCAACCUGCCGCAAGGCUACCAGAUAUCCCCAGCCUACCAGAAUGUCUCAUCCUAUUUAAAACUACCAACCUAACAGCCUGCUUUAGCUUACCAGCUUAUUCCGGCCUGCCAACAUACCCUAAACUACCAACCUGUCCCAGCCCACCCUAAUCUAAUAGUAUACCCAUGCUCGGAAGACUACCCCUGCCUACAAACGUGCCCUAAUUACCAAUCUACCCAGGACUACCAGACUACCACAUACGAAGACCAUCUACCAGAUUAUGCCAAAAUAUUAUGUAUGAUUAUACCAAUUAUGUAUUAUAUGUAUACAAAUUAUAUAAUAAUUAUUGUGU